CUACCCAGUCCAGAAGUCAACGAACACGCGGCGCUCAGGCUCUUCACUGGAAAGUAGACCAGUUUGCCUUAGGCUCUUUUUCAGGCUCUGAAGCGAAUUUAUUGGAGAAGGAGAGGGUAGUCUGGACCACGAGAAAGGAAAUAAAAGGCCUCUCCGGAACUGAGUGUGGAAACGGAACCCUUGGAGGCUGGAUUGGAAGUCGUGUAGGAAGGAAGCGCAAGCACUCAGGCUUAGCCUCUGCGCCUGGCGGACUUUAGAACAUACUGGCCUCAUGAAAGCCAACAGAGAAACAAAGCGCCUUCAUGUGGGUGGUCUUAGCCAGGCCAUUACAGAGACAGACCUACAGAAUCAAUUUAGCAGAUUUGGAGAAGUUUCUGAUGUGGAAAUCAUCGCACGGAAAGAUGAACAAGGAAACUCACAGAAAGUCUUUGCAUAUGUUAACAUCAGCAUAGCAGAAGCAGAGCUGAAAAAAUGUAUGUCUGUUUUAAAUAAAACAAAAUGGAAAGGUGGAACACUUCAAAUUCAGCUAGCAAAAGAAAGCUUUUUGCACAGGUUGGCACAAGAGAGAGAAGAAGCAAAGAUAAAGAAAGAAAAAUCAAAAACAAGCAACAGCAAUUUCUUUGAGGAGAUAGGAGGAAUGGAUUUCCAUAUGAAAGCUGUGCCAGGGACAGAAGUCCCAGGACAUAAAAAUUGGGUUGUGAGUAAAUUUGGAAGAGUCUUACCUGUUCUUCACCUUAAGAAUCAACAUAAACAUAAAAUCAUGAAAUAUGAUCCAUCAAAAUACUGCCACAACCUAAAGAAAAUUGCAGAGGAUUUCACAAGUACCAUUCCCAUAAGUAGCCUCACUUGGGAACUGGAAGGAGGCAAUGACCCUAUGAGUAAGAAACGUCGAGGAGAGUUCUCUGAAUUUCAUGGCCCUCCACAAAAGAUGAUAAAAGUACAGAAGGGUGAGGACUGUACUAGCUCCAAGGGUUCUGCUACAAUUCAGAGAACAAGUCGGGCAACAGAUAACACAUCAACACAGCAAAAGGCCACACAGAAGAUAGCUUGUGACUCUGUUAUUCCUAAAUCACUCUCUGUUCAUGAUGCUUCUCAGAAACCUCAAAGUGUACAUUUUCAGACUUCUGGCUUACAAACUUCCCAGAAAAAAACUAGCAUGUCUGAUGAUGAUAUUGAUUCUGAAGAUGAGUUGAGAAUGAUGAUUGAAGAAGAGAAAAACUUACAGAGAGUUACAUGUUCCUCGGUAAAUGAAUCUGAAAAUGAUCCCUUUGAAAUCGUAAGAGAUGAUUUCAAGUCAGAUGUUCACAAAACAAAUUUAGGUAUCACUAAAGAUGCCCGCCAUGUUAGUGAAAAUACUUCAAGAAAUGAUUGUGAAUGUGACUCAGAUGAUACAGAUGAAAUCAUUGCAAUGAAGAAAAACACUGGUAAGAUUAAGAACAGUGAAGAAUUUUCAAAGACAGAAACAUCUAUACACAAGAAAACAUCUUUUAAAAAGAAAGAACUUUCUGAUCGCUGUAUCAAAGUACAAAAAAGAAAAAAAAAAGAGUCAGUCCUCAGUCAUGGAGUGAAACCUAAUCAUAAUCCUCUGUCCAACUCUAGCUCUAGCAGUAGUGAUGAAGAGUCUGAGGGUGAUGAGGAAUAUAAAGCCAUGAUGGAAAACUGUUCUCGUAUCAAUCUCACAUUAGCUGAUUUGAAACAGUUGGCCGGCAUUGAUCAGAAGAUUCCAGAAAAAGAUACUGAGAGUGAUGGUGCAGAAACAACCAACCCCUGCAAGUCUGACAUAGCUCCCAAGAACCCCAAGACUCCCCAUAACCUCUAUAGACGCCGACAGUGUAUUAGUCCUGAGAAGAUUGUGGCUUCCCUUUUAGAAGAAGAAAACACUUAUGGUAAUCAGAAAACAAAAGAAAACAACUUCAAACCAAAGUUCCAGGCAUUCAAGGGAGUAGGUUUUCUUUAUGAGAAGGAAUCAGUGAAAAAAAAAUUGAAAAAGACUGUUCAUGAAGAUCCAAGUUCCUUGAAACAUGAGCAUCCCAAUAGCAUUUCUGUGGAAAAUAGAGCCCCAUACACUAAUGACCCAUCAUGUAAACAGACUGCAUGCCAAUCUGCAGAGAAACUGAAUGGCCCAAACCACAUUCAGCCUCAAAAUAGAGAGUUGACUCUUGAGAGUAAGGACCAUAAGGUAUUGUCCUCUAAUGGUUUUCAAGACGGAAGUAAAAUUUCCUGUCUGUUGCCAUUAAAAAGUAAGAAAUCCUUAACUGCGACUGUAAAGACUCACAAGAUAUGCUUUGACAAAGAUACUUGCCAUAGUACCAAGAAUCAAGAAAAAGCUUCAGAGGAAGAGGGUUCUAAUUCAAGCAGCCUCACAUCUUUGGUCAACCUAUCCAAGAUCUCUCCCAGCAAAGACAAGAAAAGCACAGCUGAUUUCUCACUUUCUAUUAGUAACUCUUCAGAUGUGAAUACUAAGGAUAAGCAUGCUGAAGACAAUCAGAAGCGUUUGGCAGCCUUGGAGGCAAGACAGAAAGCCAAAGAAGUACAGAAGAAGCUAGUACAUAAUGCACUGGCAAAUUUGGAUGGUCAUCCAGAGAAAAAGUCAACACACAUCAUCUUUGGUUCUGAUGAUGAAAGUGAAACAGAUGCGACAUCCACUCAGGAGCAAAAUCACCCAGGAGAGAAGCUAAUGAAAGAGUCCAUGGGUAACACAACUGGAAAGCUGUUUGAUAGCAGUGAUAAUGACGAAUCUGAUUCCGAAGAUGACAGUGACAGGUUCAAGAUUAAGCCACAGUUUGAAGGCAGAGCUGGACAGAAGCUCAUGAAUUUACAAUCACACUUUGGCGGUGAUGACAGAUUCCGCAUGGAUUCUCGGUUUCUAGAAAGUGACAGUGAAGAGGAGCAGGAAGAGGUAAAUGAAAAGAGAAGUGCUGAGGAGGAUGAACUUGCUGCAGAAAAAAAGAAAGCCCUGAAUGUUGUGCAAAGUGUCUUACACACCAGCUUGAACAACCCUCUAAACAAGGGACCAGCAGCUAAGAAAUUUAAGGAUGUCAUACAUUAUGACCCAACAAGGCAUGACCAUGCUACUUAUGAAAGAAAAACGGAUGAUAAACCCAAAGACAGUAAAGCAAAGCGAAAGAAAAAACGAGAAGAGGCUGAGAAGCUACCUGAAGUAUCUAAAGAAAUGUAUUAUGAUAUUGCUAUGGAUUUGAAAGAAAUAUUCCAGACUCCAAAAGAUAGCAAUGAAAAGGAAGAAGAUAUACCACAGAAAGAGGACUGUGCUGGGGAAACAGAGGGAAGCCAUAAUUCUGCAGCUCAGACAAGUGGGGACACACAGCCCAGCGGGUUCACAUUCUCCUUUUUUGAUUCAGACACUAAAGAUGAAAAUGAAGAAACCUAUAAAGUUGAAGCACUGAAACCUGGGAAGACUGUCUGGCAGGCAGAUCCCCGUUUCCAAGAUAGCAGUUCAGAAGAGGAGGAUGUUACUGAAGAAAUAGAUAAUGAAAAGCCCAACCCUGGAGAAGAAAUAUUACCUGAAAAUGAGACCACUAGAUUUUUCUUUUUCUCUAAAAAUGAUAAAAGACUUCAUGGUUCUGACUUAUUCUGGAGAGGUGUGGGAAAUAAUAUGAGCAAGAAUGCUUGGGAAGCCCGAACAAAUAGCCUACUAAUGGAUUGUCGGAAGAAACAUAAAGAAGCCAAAAGGAAAGCAAAACCAAAAUAAUAAAUGUUGAACUUGGUUUUAACACUGAAUAUGAAGAAGACUUUCAGAAGAAAAUUGAGCCAGAAAAUGAACUGACAAGAAAUUUCAGAGAAGAAUAUUCAAAGUCUGGCUGAUGAAACAUCAUUCUAGUUAUGGCCUAUUUUUAUAUGGAAUUGCUCUGUAUUUCUUCCUAGAAGGCUACUAGAAAAAAAUGGAGCUGGGUGGUGUGGUAGUGCACACCUAUAGCCCAAGCAUUCAGGAUGUUAAAGUGGGAAGAUAAUUUGAAUCUAGAAGUUUUUGACCAACCUGUUCAAACUAUCAAAAAAAUUUUUUUGAACUUUUGCAAGAUGAGGUACAAGAUACUCCUGAGUGCUUCUUGUUACCUUCCAUCCUAAAUAACUAAUGGACUUUUCUUUUGUCUGUUGUGUGGCUUGAACAAAGGGUCUGGGCACUAUCCCUGAGCUCUUUUGCUCAAGACUGGC